UGGAAAUUACGGGAAGUACCCGCAUGAACCUUUCUGUGACGUAACGGGAGGAGGAACAGGAAGUGAGAUUUUUUGUUUGAAAAAGGCUAUCCUUUCCAAUCCGUCCGAGGAGAAAGGGCUAUCAUCGCUGGGAGGGGAAAAUGUCCAGUCGGUUGUGGAAAGAAACUUUGAUUUUGGCAGAAGAUUACAUCGACUUCUGUGUUGGAAACAAAAGGACACCUCCCAGCGAGCAAGCCGAAGCUAUGCGCCACCUCGCCAGCGAAAUGGAGCAGAAAUACCAAUGCAGAUUCCACUCUCUUCUGCAAACGUUCCUGGGGGCUUGUGGACCGGAGCCCAGCACAAGUUUGAAAAAGGUGAUGGUAGAGCUAGUAGGAGAUGGAAAAUUAAAUUGGGGAAGGGUCGUGUCUCUCUUCACUUUCACGGGAGUCCUGGCAAGGGAACUGUACUCCCGAGGAGAGGAUAAAGACUGCAGCAGAAGACUUGCGGAGACUAUUGCUGACUACCUUGGAACGGAACAACAAGAUUGGCUGGUCCAAAAUGAAGGCUGGGAGGGAUUCAACAAGUUUUUCCGCAGGAGAGGGGAGGUGAGCCAGGAAUCGUCCAUGAAGACUGCACUGUUCGCUGCAGCCGGUGUGGGGAUUGCAGGGCUGACUUUUCUCCUUGUGCGCUAGUGUAGAAUAUCCCUUUUAUUUUCCUCCUUCUCUUACAAGAAUUGGUUGCUAACAUUUCAAAACUUUUUUUUUUUUUUUUUUGAAGUCAUGAUCACAGGUGCUCAUUUCAUGGGAUUUUUUUUUUUUGGUUCAGUACUUACAGCACUGCAUUGUUGCGUAGCCAGAUAAUGGGAGACUAAGUAAGGAAGGGACUGCUAUUGUAAGAUAUAUUCAGUUCUUUCCUCAGUUUUGUAAUUGGCAUAUUUUCUAUCAUAAAUGAAUGUUGUAUUUUACAUAUUUGAAAGCACUGGGUCCGAAAUUUCUAAUUCAGAGCACCCUAUAGUUUGUAUUUUUGUGCUUGCACCCACAUAGAUCAAACAUUAACAUCAAAAUUAAGGGACACUCUUACCUUUUUUUUUUUUCCUUUGGCUGCAAUUCGUAUAUGGAGUGAUUGACAGAUUUUAAAUGUAUGGAAACUUUUUUUUAGUUUAAUAAAAUUACAAAUUAAUAUAUUUAUAUGAAAUAAAAAAUGUAAACAAGCCCAUUUGUUGUUUACAAGCUACUUGA